AUGUGUGCAGUUGCAGGAGUCAUCCUCCUCGACAACCUGCUUGGUAGCAAUGUAGUAGCGGUUGCCACCACGAGCGUCGACCUCGUGCUCGACGGCGACCUUGCUCAGGUGGGUGAGGAUGUUCUCCAUCAUGGUGUCCUGGGCGGAGCGCUUCUUGCGGCCGAGGUCGUCCAGGCGCUUCCAGCCGGUCAUGACGUAGUAGACGAUACCAAUGACGAUGAUGACGGCGAUGGAGUAGAUCCAGACCAGGACGAUGGUGACAAUGUCGACGGCGCCGUUCUCCGACAGGUUCUUGGCCAGGGAGGCGGGGAUAGCGGGCUCGCCGAGACCACCAGAGAACCAACCGAAACCAGCGAAGAGGGAGGCGAGGAUGUCAACACCGAAGAUGGCGCCGAUGAGCUGCCACGAAGGGAAGGUGUUGAAGCCACGGGUGACGAAGAUGAGCCAGUUCUCAGUAAGGGAGAUCUGGAGGAAGAGGAUCUCCUGGAUGCUGCCGUAGUGCUGGAUGAUACCGCCGUUCUCGAGCCACAUGGUACCGCGGAGGAUCCAGGUGCCUAUGGCGAGCAGAGUACCGAGGACGAUGGAGAUGAUCCAGAUCUUGGGCAAUUGCCACUCGACGGGACGGCGCUCGUAGUGGGCGUUGUCGUAAGCGACGGCGAUGGUGGCAAGAUCAGCGAACAGGGCCAGGAAGACGAUCAGGUCGACACGAACAGUCUCGUUGAUGGCGAUCUGAAAGAACAAGACAUCGAUCAAAAGUCGUGGACUUACCAUGGACGUGACGAGGUAGAUCUCGAGAUGGAGACAGAGAGCGAUACGGUACUGGAUGUAAGCCUUCAUGCGCUGGAAGAUCUGCCUGGAGAUCUUGAUAGCAGACACGAUUGUUCCGAGACCGGGGGCGAGGAAGACAAUGUCAGCAGCGGCCUGGGCAGCCUCGGUGGCACCCUCGACAGCGAUACCACAGUCGGACUUCUUCAAGGACGGGGCAUCGUUGACACCGUCACCAGUCAUGGCAGUGAGAUGGCCACGCUGCUGAAGCAUUUCGACGACCUGGUACUUGUGCUCGGGGAAAACUUCGGCAAAACCAUCAGCGCGCUCGCAAAGGUCGUGGAUAGCGCUGCCAGCCAUGUCGCUGUGGAGGAGCUUGUCCGAGUUGUAAACCUUGGUACCCAUGGCAAGCAUGCGGCAGGUCUCCUUGGCGAUAGCAAUGGCGUCACCAGUAAGCAUCUUGACGGAGAGACCGAGAGCCUGAGCCUCAGCGAUGGUCUGGGCGGUAUCCUCACGGGGAGGGUCGAAGAGGGAAAGCAUGCCAAGCAUCUGCCAGGGGCCAUCGGCCUCCUGGACGGCAACAGCGAGCGAACGGAAACCACGGCGGGCGAACUCGGUGGCCUUCUCCUUGAAGAGACGCUUCUGCUCGUCGGUGCAGUUGCUGAUGGCAAGGACGGCGUUGGGUGCACCCUUGCAGCAAGUGUACUUGACGCCCUUGUAGUUGCAGAUCGAGGUAAUACGCUUGGAGACGGGGUCGAAGGGAGUGAACUUCUCGGUGGUCCAGCCCUCAGAAAUCAUCUCCUUGGCCUUGGGGUAGCGCUUGAGGGUGAGGAUGGUGAUCUUGUCGAUGGGGUCGAGGGACUUGAUGUUGUGGCUCGAGGCGAGAGCAGCGACAGCCAUCAUCCAGUUGAUGUCAACGCCCUCCAUGACGAACGGCUCGCGGACCGAAAGCUGGUUAGCGGUAAGAGUACCAGUCUUGUCGGAGCAGAGAAUGUCGACACCGGCAAGCGACUCGAUAGCGGUGAGCUUCUGAACAAUAGCCUUCUCCUUGGCGAGGUAAGCGGCACCGACGGCGAGGGUGGUGGUGGUAACGACGGGCAGACCGACGGGGACACCAAUAAUGAGCAGAAUAAGAACAUAGUGAAGCAGGUUGACGGAGCUGUCCUGGGGGUAGGCAACAGCCAAGUGACGGUAGAAACCACCAAUCCAGGCAGCGAGGAUGAAAACGACGACGAGAACCAGGAGAGCAGAACCGAUCGAGUUCAUGAUGGCCUUGAAGUGACCCUGGUCCUGAGCACCCUGGACGAGCGAGGCGGUCUUUCCGACGAACGAGGCCUGGGCGCCGUGGGUGACGAUACCGUAGGCCUUUCCGCGCUUGCAUCCGGUGGUGUAGUAGACGGUGUCGGUCAUGUACUUGUCGACGGCGAGAGACUCUCCAGUGAUGGCAGACUGGUCAAUGGCAACAAUGGCGUGGCCGACGUGGGGAGUACCAUCCUCGUCAUCAGACUCGUACUUCUCGCCGCGGGGGCUGGAAAUGUCCUGGGCGUUGAGUUCGGCCUGGUACUGGGCGAAGCCGUCCCUGGCAUUGUCGUAGUCGCAGAUAAGACGGGCAUCGCCGGGAACAACAUGGCCUUCCUCAAUGAUGACGAUGUCACCAGGGACAAGCUCCCUGGCGCGGAUCUCCUGUUCACUGCCGUUACGGACGACGCGGGCCUUCAUGGCGAUGUCACCCUUGAGGGAGGCGACGACAUCGGCGGCUUGCUUCUCUUGGUACCAACCGACGAUGGCGUUAAGCAGCAGGAUACCGACAAUGACACCGGCAUCGAUCCAGUCUUGAAGGGCAAAGGCAAGGAUAGCAGCAGCCUCCAUGACUAUAGAACAGAAUCGAAGAAUGGGACCCUGGAAGAAACCAAUGAACUUGAGAAGCAUGUUCUCCUUCUCGGUGGUGAGCUCGUUCCAUCCCGAGUACUUGCGUCUCCUCUCAACCUCGAGGGAGUCAAGACCGGCCGAAAUGUUGGUGUUGAGCCACUCAGCGGGGGUGUUGAAGUCCGAAAGGCUCUUGGUGGCACCCUUGGGCCUCCAGAAAGCCCACCAGGGGGCCUUCUUGACCUCAUCGCUCUCUAG